CAUUAGAGGGAAGUACAGAAUGUGAUUUGUUUAUGCAGCAUUGGCUAUCUCAGAAAAUGUGGAGGUUGACUCUGAGCUCUGGCCUCUUUGAAAGAAGCAAGUCCCUGAGUGAGACCUUGGAGAGUCAGAUACAAGAAGCCCUUGACCUGCACGUAGACCUCAAUAAUGGUGCAGGAAAGACAGCUACAAGGGAAUGGAGUCUGCUGGUCCCUGAGACUCUGGUCAGCCACUGUGAUUUCCAUCUUACUCCUCAGCACCUGUUUCAUUGUGAGCUGUGUGGUGACUUACCAGUUUAGCAUGGACAAGCCCAAUAGAAGACUAUCUGAACUUCGCUCAAACCAUUACAAUGUCACCUGCUUCAGUGAAGGGACUAUGGUGUCAGACAAAGUCUGGAACUGUUGCCCAAAGGAUUGGAAACCAUUUGGUUCCCACUGCUACUUGGUUACUAGAGGUACUUCAUUAGCAUCUUGGAACAAGAGUGAGGAGAACUGUUCCCGCAUGGGUGCUCAUCUGCUGGUGAUCCAUAGCCAGGAAGAGCAGGAUUUCAUCACUGGGAUCCUGAGGACUCAUGCUUCUUAUUAUAUAGGCUUGUGGGAUACAGGUCAUCGACAAUGGCGAUGGGUGGAUCAGACACCAUAUGAAGAGAGUGCCACGUGA